CUGAGAUACUUCGAGGAACUGGAAGCCUGACACCAAAUUUAAUUGCUGUUAAUUGACGCCCAGCAUGACAAUCUCGAAACAAAUCCGUCGGGUAGCUGUUAUCGGUGCAGGGCCAUCGGGCCUCUCUGCUGUGAAGUAUCUUCUUGCAGAGGAAUUUUUCACCAAGAUUGAUGUUUUUGAGAAGAGAAGUGCUAUCGGCGGGGUAUGGAAUUAUACUCCACCAGCUCUCAAACAGAGCACAUUGGUGCCUGUGCCGCAACUUGACCCGAACAAACCUGGCGAUGAACCGAUAUGGCAUCCCACAGGAGAAACCCAUGGGCCGCUAGAGCCAGCUUUUAUAUCUCCCAUUUAUAGUACAUUGGAUACCAACAUUCCAAAGGAAUUAAUGGCCUAUGGGGACAAGCCAUUUCCCCCAGAUGCCCAAGUGUUGCCGAAGUACUCUACAGUGAAGAAGUAUCUGGACGAGUACGCAGAAGCUGUGCAAGAUUAUAUUCACCUUGACACCCAAGUUGUGAAUAUCAAGUCUGAUGAUUCCGAGGCAGAUGCUUGGGCUGUAACAACAAAGAAUUUGCGAACUGGGAUCGACAGGACCGAGAUUUAUGAUGCAGUGGUUGUGGCUAGUGGGCAUUAUGAUGUUCCGUACACUCCUGAUAUACCGGGUAUCAAAAUCUGGAAUGAGACUUAUCCGGGCAUUAUUUCCCACGCCAAGUUGUAUGACUCGCCCGAACCGUUCCGAGGGAAGAAGGUGAUCAUUGUGGGAGGCUCUGCAUCAGGAGUCGAUAUUGGCAACCAAAUAAACAGAUUGAGCAAGGGCAAAGUGCUCGCGUCACAGCGAACAGAAUCUUACCUGAUGCCGUCCAACGCCACAGACAAGGAUUACGUCCCAGAAAUUGUGGAAUUCAUGCCACCAACCGAAUACAACAGGGCGGUUCGCUUCGCUAAUGGUAGAAUUGAGAAUGACAUUGAUGCAAUCGUGUUUUGCACUGGCUACCUAUACUCUUUCCCCUUCCUGUCGUCACUGGACCCUCCUAUUAUUACGGAUGGCCGGAGGGUGCUGAACACCUACCAACAUUUGUUCUACAUCCACAACCCCACGCUCGUUUUCCCUGUUCUCCCCCAGAGGGUAAUCCCUUUUCCCUUGUCCGAGAACCAGGCUGCUGUUUUUUCUCGUGUCUGGUCUGGACGGCUUACUCUGCCAGAUGCAGCCGAAAUGAAGGCCUGGGAGGAUGCCACUGUCAUCAAAAAGGGGAAUGGGACAGCAUUCCACCUUUUACAUUUUCCAUUGGACGCGGACUACAUGAAUCUACUGUACGAAUGGGCAGGCAGGGCUGAACCACGCCAAGGGUUGGCCGACAACGGAAAUGGUAAACAAGGCAAUUACUGGGGGGAGAGGGAGAGAUGGAUGCGACAGCUGUUUCCUGAGAUUAGAAGAACGUUUGUUGGAAAGGGAGAUGAGCGGUACAAGUUCAAAAACAUCGAGCAGUUAGGCUACGAUUUUGAGAAUUUUAGAAAGGAGCAGGCACAUCUCUGAAGUAGUAUAGAUAUUAUUAGAUACAUUAGAUACUAGAAUUGCAUCAGUAGACAGAGAUCCAAUACCAGGGGUGUUUCAGUCUACCUCCAAAGCAUCCCAAGAAAUAGAUGAUGAAUUCAAGAGCCAUACCGAACG